GUUUUGCACACGAGGAUGGAAGCAACUUUGACGACGAUAACGAAUCGAUAAAAGAUUGUUGGUCGAAAUGAACCACGUAGCCAGAAGGAAGCGCCAACAGGGUUGCUGUAUUCACCAUGAUCGAGUUAUGAUCGGCGUUUGAUCGCCCCCCAACUCACAAACUGACUCGGCUAUAGCAACUUUUCGAACUCACGGAGCCUUCGUCAUCGACCAAGAUGCAAGGCUGAUUUUCAUGCCUCGAUUACCAACUUCAAUUUAUAGCGAUAACGACUGGAGAUGUCUCUGCUCUUCAAGCAUCUCCGAAUACACCAGAUCUUCGGUGCGAACACCGACGUCGGGAAGACGUUGCUAACCUCUGCACUUGUUCGAGCAUCUGCAGCACUUGGAAAUGACGUUUACUACUUGAAACCUGUUAGUACAGGACCCAUGUCCGAUGCCGAUGACGAGUUGAGUUGACUCACAACAUUGGGGAAAGUAUGAGCUCAUGUAUUUUUAGAGUGCUUGUUCCGGUUUGGAGAGCCCGUGAGCCCUCAGUUGGCUGCUCAGCUCGCUCAACGCGAAGAAUCAAAAGUUUAUAUUCCUUCUGACAAGGAAUUCGUGACUGCCGUUGCUAGUCAUGUAAGAAAAUGUGCUACACAUACAGCACGACCGUCGCAUAUGUAUGUCGAAACUGCAGGCGGUGUACAUAGUCCAACGCUGUCAGGAACAACCCAACUGGAUAGCUAUCGACCCCUCUUCCUGCCGACUAUACUCAUUGGCGACUCAAGGCUGGGAGGCAUUUCCUCCACGAUCUCUUCCUAUGAGUCCUUGGUACUCCGGGGGUAUAUCGUUGAUGCGAUCCUUCUCUUCCGGGACGAGUAUUAUCGGAACUGGGAAUACCUGAGUUCCUACUUCGCUGAAAAAGGAGUGCAAGUCCAUGCUGUGGACCCUCCUCCUGCGAAACAUACGGAUAAUAACACGAACAUUCAGCUAACGGAGCAAUUUUAUUGGAAGAUCGUUCCUUCUAACAAUCAAGGGACCAUCUUUGACACUGUUCGUCACCUCGAUAUUUGUCAUACCCAACGGUUGGAGGAAUUGGACUCUAUGCCCCGUCGGACAUUGGAUACAAUUUGGUGGCCAUUCGUUCAACACGGACACGUGAAGACGGAGAAAGAUGUUACUGUAAUCGACAGUGCAUCGGGCGACGUUUUCUCCCUCUACAACGGUCACAACACCGAAAGCUCCACACCGUCCCUUCUGGAACCACAAUUUGACGGCUCAGCUUCUUGGUGGACACAAGCUGUCGGUCAUGCACAUCCGGCACUUACGAUGGCAGCUGCACAAGCAGCAGGACGUUAUGGCCAUGUUAUGUUCCCUGAAGCAACCCACCUUCCCGCUCUCAAACUCGCUGAACGACUCGUCAAGUUCGGACCUGGGAGAGGCUGGGCUUCGCGUGCAUUCUUUUCGGACGAUGGGUCGACAGGUAUGGAGGUUGCGCUCAAGAUGGCGUUGCGUGCGUUUGCGGUGAGAGAACAAGGAGGUUUAAAAUCUGGAAUAGGAAUGGAAAAGAGACGAGGUUUAGGCGUGCUUGGGUUGAAGGGAAGUUAUCAUGGGGAUACGAUUGGUGCUAUGGACGCUUGUGAAGAGGGAGUGUAUACCUCGGAAUGGCAUGAAGCUAAAGGGUUCUGGCUUGAUCCUCCAACAAUUUCCGUCCGAAAUGGACAAACGGUCAUCUCUGUUCCACCUUCAAUUUCUGCGGAAUCGGAGGUUGAGACACAAUCUUUGGGAUGGACGUAUGAUAUCACGGAACGUUUCAAGACACCCCUCGCAGCUGUGUACCGCCAACAUAUCGAAUCCACCCUCCGCAAGCUUCGAAAUAGUGAACGGACUUUGGCGGCGUUGGUCCUCGAACCCAUCGUGAUGGGUGCAGGUGGUAUGAUCUUCGUCGAUCCUCUCUUUCAACGUAUCUUAAUCGAUGUUGUCCGUUCUUCCAACGCAUUCCCUGGUACGUUGAGUACAACCCCAGGGGAAUGGUCGGGCCUCCCAGUCAUCUUCGACGAAGUCUUCGUCGGACUUUACCGGCUCGGCUUCGAAAGCAUCAUCCCACUAUUGGGCGUAUUCCCUGAUAUAUCCGUCAAUGCCAAGAUCCUCACAGGAGGAUUAGUCCCCAUGGCUGUCACUCUCGCCUCAGACUCGAUAUUCAAAGCUUUCUAUAGUGAGAAGAAAGUCGAUGCGUUGUUACAUGGCCAUAGUUACACUGCCUAUCCUGUUGGUUGUGAAGUUGCGAAUGAGGCAUUGAAUGUGAUUGAGAAGCUUUCGAAGAGCGGAGAGUGGGAAGAGGCGAAGGCACGGUGGGCAUCGCCCCAGGAAACGAAGCUGCAGUCUAAUGGUGUAUGGAGCUUCUGGGACCCUGACUUUGUUUCGGAGCUGUCGAAACUUCCUUGUGUUGGGGAGGUGAUGACACUGGGGACUGUUCUCUCCAUCAAAAUCGCUGACGAUACCGCUGGUUAUCAAUCGCAUUCUGCACAAAAGUUACUCGACGUUAUCAAAUCCAGUGAAAACACUGAGGAUGUUUCUCCUAUACCUGGGGGAUCACCCUUUGGGAUUAACUACCGAACGCUUGGGAACGUUGCGUAUUUCAUGCUCAGCCUGAAUACCGCCCCUGAAAUCGUCAAAGCAGUCGAGAACAGGAUUUGGAGGACACUCUCGUCAUGAAGCGUUAAUAGCGGAAAUUGGUGUCCGGAUGCGAUCCAGAAAGAAGCACGCAAAGUUGCAACGUAGAGUAGAAUAACAGCAUAGAUUAAUAACCUUAUUCAGUACAUUGUGAGUUCAGUAUAUUGUGAGAAAGAUAGAAGCCAAGGGAUGACGGAAUUCUAUGCGAGAGCUGUAACCCGAGAGCGAGACA